AUGCUGAAUUAUUCGCCUGAUAUAUAUAAAUUGGAAAUAUUGACUAUAGGGUGGAAAGUAGAGAAGUUGGAAAACAGAAUAGAAACGAAAAUUGAAGGAGCAAUGGAAAAGAGCAAGGUUCUGGUGGUGGGUGGGAGCGGCUACAUAGGGAGGAGGUUAGUGAAGGCAAGCCUGGCAGAGGGGCAUGAGACGUAUGUGCUUCAGAGGACGGAGAUAGGCCUCGAUAUUGACAAGCUGCAGAUGCUCCUCUCCUUCAAGAAGCAGGGCGCCCAUCUCGUCGAGGCCUCCUUCUCCGACCACCGAAGCCUCGUUGACGCCGUCAAGCUUGCAGAUGUCGUCAUCUGUGCCAUGUCAGGUGUCCAUUUCCGCUCUCACAACUUGCUCCUGCAGCUCAAACUUGUUGACGCCAUUAAGGAUGCUGGCAACGUUAAG